CAUUACCCGAGUAACCGGUGAGUGUUUACACUGGUCGAGGAGGCUUGCUUUCUGGCGCUGUGGCAGACUCUGGCUGACCUCAUGGCUCGACUGCAGGCCGCGUAAUUUCACCCUCCGCUAAGUCUGCCCUUCGGUGCGUGAGUUUGCCGUUUGCCUGGGACUCGAAUGCACACGGUAGAAGAAGAAGAGGCUGAGUCACUGUGCACCACAAGAGGCCUGACCGCUCGCCGGAACCGGCGCCAUGUCAGCUGAAGGCAGGGUGGAGCCGUGCAGCGAGGCCCAGGCGAAGCAGAGCGGACGGGUUGAAGCAGCGGACGACCAUGUGGACGCUUCACACAGGCACAAUGAGCCCGACCGCAGUGGCACGGACGACGGGACAUCGGGUGUUCUGGAGCAGGUCCAGAGGGAGGAGGCGCGUGAGAACAAGAAGCUUCCUCACUUCACUGUCAAACAACGGAGUCACGCUCCAGGGACAGGAACAUGCAAGCGGAAGAAGUACCUGCCGAAGUCCUUCUCAAGGAGUCCCAAGGUCUGCACCUACAGACACAGGGGGCGGCAGGAAGAGGAGCCCCGGGGACCUGGUCCUUUUUACUUCAUUGGAGGAGGCAAUGGAGCUGAAAUUGUGAGCAGCUACUGUGAGAGCAAAGGAUGGAAAAGGAUUUACAGCACGCACAGGGACGACUUCACACUCAAGUGGUGUCAGACAAAGUCACCGGUCAACGACUGCAACUUCAGAGCAGGUGAACAGUUGGUGUAUCAGAUACCCAAUAAUAAGGUGCUCACGACGAAGAUCGGCCUCCUCAGCAGCCUGCGGGAGUACGAGAGAGUCUGCUGCAAAGUCAAGCAUGGGCAAGGGCUCAGGAGGCUACAAAUGGAAGAGUUCACUCCAACGACCUUUCGCAUGGACGUGAGGGCAGAGAGGGAGGCUUUCUUUGCCCAGCAGGAGGGCGUGAGCACCAAAGACAGGCAUAUGUGGAUCUGUAAGCCCACGGGCCUGAACCAGGGCAGAGGGAUAUUUCUGCUGAAGAACCAGGAGGACGUAACGGCCUUCAGACAAAAGCUGCAGCACAUGGAGGACAGACGGGCCAGCAGGAAGAUUUAUCAUCGCCAGCCUCAGGCCUUUGUUGUCCAACACUACAUCCACAAUCCACUGCUCCUGAAGGGGAGAAAGUUCGACGUGCGCUCCUAUCUGCUGAUCGCCUGCACUGCACCAUAUAUGGUCUUCUUUCGUCACGGGUAUGUGCGCCUGACCUGUGACCUCUACGACCCCAGCUCCAGCAACCUGUCGGCCCACCUGACCAAUCAGUACAUGCAGAAGAAGAACCCGCUGUACAGCCAGCUGAAGGAGGACACUGUGUGGUCCAUGGAGAGCUUUAACGCCUACGUCAACGACAGCUUUCAGGUUGCCAAGGGCCUGCCGGGGGACUGGGUGAUGGGCACUUUUGCAAAACGGAUGCAGCAGAUCAUGGCGCAUUGCUUCCUUGCAGUCAAAUCCAAGUUACACAGCCAGCUGGGCUAUUUUGACUUGAUCGGCUGCGACUUCCUGAUCGAUGAGCACUUUAAGGUGUGGCUGUUAGAGAUGAACUGUAAUCCAGCUCUUCAUACGAACUGUGAGGUGCUGAAGGAGGUGAUACCCAACAUUGUUGUGGAGACGCUGGAUUUAACUCAAGAAAUCUUCAACAAAUGCCGCCUUAGGCAGAAAAUAUUUCCCUUAGCAAGCCAGAGCGAGUUUGUGCUGCUUUAUAAUGAAGUUUCUCUCCCUGAUUCAACUCUGGCCCCAAGAAAGAGCAACAAAGACUGUGAUGUGCCACAAAAAGGGAACAAAAGGACCCAAAAGGCUGAACCCAGACAGCCUAAAUCAGAAUAGGAGCAGCUCAGGAAUAGUCAAAAACCAACAGGUAAGAAUGUCAGCUAGUCCUCAGGAAAUUGAAAAAGGUGUCCACCGUAAACGCUUUUCUUAAUUUAAAUAGGCUUUAAACAUUGUUGCUGGGAUGUACAGUAUACUGUGAAUUUGUAAAAAGGAAAAAUAGGAGAUUUAUUUAACAGCAUAGAUACAGUAGGUGCCACAGAUACCUACUAUGAAAGUAGUAGAAACUAUGGAAGCACUGAUUCUCAUAUUGCCCAUAUUUGACUCAUAUGUGCCCAGUUGAGUGCAUUUAACAUUAUAUUUAACUCUACAUGUACUGACAGACAACAUUUUCUAAAAUGAGUGUAUGUGUAAAUGGCAUAUUGAGUUACUGUAAUAUCUAAUUAUGAACUUUAUUUCUCCUUAUCUUCAUUGUCAUUGUUUUUAUAUAUUUGUCAGUGUUAUAUAUUUGUCUUCUCGUAUUGUUCUCAAGUUUGUCAAACAUAACUAACUACAAUAAAAUAAAAAUGACAGAAAUUUUAUUUAUUUGGAAAUCGGGUAAUGUAUUACACAUUCUUAACUUAAAAAAAAAGUAAUGUGAUGUGGUGCCAUCAAAGUGGGUCAAUGGAGAAAAAUAGAUGUGGCCACCAAGCAAAGUGGAUGUUUUUAACACACAAAAAGCCAAGAACAACCUGAAGCAUACUGGAAAUCAGGGUUUUACUUAUAUUCACAUCUUAAACCAUGGACAGAUGGAAGGAGCCUGGUUACAUGGCUGAAGACAAUGUUUCACUUAUUGCACACAAACUAUGGAAAAGAUGCUGCACUCAAUGGCGUAUGUAUCUGUUUGUAUGUUGUAUGUACUGAAUGUUUAGUGUUUGAACUAACUAAACUAAAUAAACUAAAACCUAAAUGUA